CUUGACACUGACCAUUGAAGGAAAACGGAGCAGAAGAGCGAAACAUGGCGACUUCGAACAAUCCGCGGAAAUUCAGCGAGAAAAUCGCUUUGCAUAACCAGAAGCAGGCAGAGGAGACAGCGGCGUUUGAAGAAGUGAUGAAGGACCUGAGCAUUACGCGGGCAGCGAGGUUGCAGUUGCAGAAAACUCAAUACUUGCAGCUGGGACCGAACCGUGGGCAGUACUAUGGAGGAUCUUUGCCCAACGUCAAUCAGAUUGGAAACAGCGCUAUGGACAUGUCUUUUGAGAAUUCAGGGCUGGACAUGAACAGAUCGACGCGACACCACGGGCUGGUGGACAGAGUUUACCGGGACCGGAGCCGCAUCACAUCCCCCCACCAGAAACCCCUGUCUGUUGACAAACAUGGACGCCAGAUUGACAGCUGUCCAUAUGGUUCAGUAUAUCUGUCACCACCACCUGAUACCAGCUGGAGGAGGACGAACUCUGACUCAGCACUGCACCAGAGCACAUUAACUCCGGCCCAGCAGGCCUUGUUUACAGGAGGAUCCCAGGAGCUCCAGCCAAAAAGAUUUCUCCUGCUCACUGUCCCCGGGGCUGAAGCAAUUAAACAGGAAGUUGAUGAAAAUGGUCAAAACCAAAACUGGGAGUGCAAAAAGAACAUUUCAAGAUCCAAACCCUGCAAAGUUCCAGGGAUCCACAUAUUCCCAUCUCCUGACCAGCAGUUGACCACUUCAUUAAACCCGGCAGCCCACAACACUGGCGGUUCUCUUCCCGACCUGACAAACAUCCAGUUUCCUCCUCCGCUGCCCACCCCGCUCGACUCAGAUGAUGUGGUGGCCGGCUCGUUCAGCUCCUCCAACAGCACACAGGCACUGGCCAACACGCAAGGAGUGAAUACCUCUCAGCCCGUAGUAACCAUGGAAAUCCAGUCUGGGCAGGACGACAUGGUUCCUCUCAUCUUGAAUGCAGGAGACUCCCACCAGCACCAGAACCUGCAGCUCUCUCCGACAUCUCCACCUCUCUCUCUCUCUCAGGCGGCCAUCAACGCCAUGAACCUUGAGCAGCAGCUGUCGCAGUACACCUUCUUCAACCAGCAGCCGUCGUCCCAGAACCACCAGAGCCAGCAACAGACAGGUCUGGUCCAGCUACAGUCCUUGGUGAACUCCUGCUCCACGUCAGACAACCAGACGUCCUCACAAAACAACAUGACGGUGGACAUGAACACGGCCUCCUCCCUCCAACAGUACCGCAGUAGGAUUGGAUCCUCUGCCAAUCAGUCUCCAACCUCCCCCGUCUCCAAUCAAGGCUUCUCACCUGGAGGCUCGCCUCAACAUAACUCCAUCCUGGGCAGCGUGUUUGCAGACUUUUACGACCAGCAGCUCCCGUCCAUUCAGGCCAGUGUUCUGUCGCAACAGUUGGAGCAGUUCAACAUGAUGGAGACGCCCAUCAGCUCUGACAGCCUGUAUAACCAGACCUCCACCCUCAACUACUCCCAGGCGCUCAUGAUGGGUUUGACUGGCCAUUGCAACCUUCAGGAUUCGCAGCAGCUUGGCUACAGUAGCCAUGGCAACAUCCCCAACAUCAUUCUCACAGUGAGCGGAGAGUCCCCCCCCAGCCUGCCCAAGGACCUGACCGGCUGUCUGUCCACAGAUGUCAGCUUCGACAUCGACUCACAGUUCCCACUGGACGACCUGAAAAUCGACCCGCUGACGCUCGAUGGCCUGCACAUGCUUAAUGACCCGGACAUGAUUCUCACCGACCCCGCCACAGAGGACGCAUUCCGCCUCGACCGGCUCUAACCUCUGCACCACAGGCUCAUGCACAGGUGUGUGAAUGCUGCUGCCCCUGGGAGGGAGACAGGGGAUUGUUUGUUUCUGACGGGAUAAAACCAAGAGGAGCAGAUUUCUUCUUUUCUUCUGGUCGAGACCUCGUCUUGGCAGAGCUUCGAUUCCACACCAACCAACCAAUCAAACCCCUGAGAGAGCUUUUAAAAGAAACACCCUGCUUUGAAGUUUUUCUGAAGACUGGAAACCUUGAAAACCUGGAAAGAUGAUUUACGACUGAUGACAUUCAAGUUAAGGUAUGAGAAAUAUUCAUGAUUCUGUCACUACUUUUCUUUUGCAAAUGGCACAUAUUUAUCUUUUGAGGGAUUUUGAUGGAAAUAUCAUGAAGGCAAAAGGAGGCUGGGCUCCUAUUCUCCAUCAACUGACUGACUGAACUGACUGACUAAACCAUGUCGGCGGAGCAAACCCUAACAAUCUACAGAAUAGCUGGUAUGGCUCGAUGACUCAGAGGAAACACCUGUCAAGUUGACCCUCCCUCCGAUCCCAGUUGGCUGCACUCACCGGUACAUUCAGUUUGGAUUUUAAUUAAGUGCUAAUCCCUUUGUAGUUUGUCAUAUAAGCCAAAGUCAGGCCUGGUUUAAUUUAUCCCAAAUCUCCUCUAAAGUCUCGAUAACGAUGAGUCAUUAUUUAGCCACCUAAUUUAUUUUAAGGAGAAGCUGAAUUCAGAUUUUACCAUAGUAAAUAGUGGUCAUAAAUUAUGCAUGAAAUCACAAAUCACUGUGCAUACUUGUUUUGCCUUAAUAGCUUGACAUUUUUGUUUUCAUGCAAAGAUGACUAUUAUGUAACGUUGCUGCCUUCUUGGCCAGGUCAGCAUUGUAAAUGAGAUUUUAUCUCAAUGCUUUGUAUCUGGUUAAAUAAAGGUUAAAUAAAAAAAUAAAUGUAAAUGAGAAAAGAAUGCUAAAUGUCCAGUCAUUUUUACUGUUUGGUUUGGCCUACAUAAUUCACAGUUGCAUUACUGCCGUUGUAUUUUUCAAGUGCGCUGAUCUUUACCCAUUACUUCAUCCAUUGUCACUACCAUCAUGUCAUUAAGUUCUUUGUUAUGAAGUACAUGUUUACAGGCUUGUUAUGUUUUAUAUUUUACACGUACAGAAUGUGAUUAGGUUUUGCGUAAUAGUAUCUAUGCAAAACUACAGGGAAUUGGUUUAGGACUGUAAAAUGAAACGGAUAAAAUGAAACCUUAGAAAAGGAAGCCAAUGUGCACAGUUCAUAUAAACGCACAGUAAUGGUGCCAUGUCAUAUUUCUUUUUAAUAGUUUUGAAACUCUUUACAUUUUCCUUUUAGACUUCGACAGUGUAGAGAAAGAAAUGCUCAGUGGUCGUGUCAUACAGUAAAAACUCUCCUGGUUUCCUCCCAAAGAUGUGACCUCAGUGUAGUUGAGAUAUAUAUAUUUUUCCAGACAAUUGAACUGCCUCUAUACUAGAACAGCAUUGUUGACGCAAUGAGAAUGUAUUUAGGUCACAUCUGUACAGUUGUGUUGUUGCCAUCCUGUCAUCGUCAUUGCCUCUCAUCUCUAGCCUUUAUGUACUGUAAGACCAAAUAUGUUCCACCUGUUGUUUGUUCUCCCUUUGAAGGAGAUGUGGCAUACUGAUCUAUAUGUGACUGUGUUUGUUUCCUUGGUACUACAGUGACACUGAAUAUCUGUUUCCUCGUCAUGCUCGUGUGGUCUGUGCCGUUCUUCGAUUUAUUUGUCUCCGGGCUUUGGUUCUGAGUUUAUAUGACUUCAUCUAUUGUUUUUUUUUUCAAAUCCUCCAAAUCCUUUUUUCAGUGUGCGGAUCCAUUGGAUUCACUCACAACCGUCUCUCAUAAUGCACUUUAUGCAUUGACUUCAACAUUUUUAUUUGAGAGUUUAUAUACCAAACCUCUCCCCGACUGUUAGAGCUACAGACCUGUUUGCCCUGUCUUUGAUUAAACUUGCCUUCUUGUUAAAAAAAAACCCAGAAAAAGAAAAUGCAUAUGAAAAAAAGCUAAAUUAAACUAAAGUUAUUUUUGAAAAGUAAUAUACAGAAAGUCUAUUUAAAAGAGCAGUUCUUACAUAAUCGGUGAGUAUUUUGUUAGCUGUCUGCUGUAACACAGUUUUUCCAAAAUGUAGGAAAACAUUUGUAUUUUGGGAGAGUGUCGGUCUUGUUGCUGCAGCUCUUUUUGCUAUUGAUAGCAGGUUUAAAAAAAUAGAACUAAAUAAGCUAGAAAAAUAUUUAUAAUAAAGUGAUUAGCAAAGGAAAAGUUUAUAAUUGAAGUAAUUAAAGAUCCAGGUACAGCGAAGUGACAUUUGAAAUGUGCCUAUUUUAAUCACAAAAUCGUGCCAGAUGGGAUCAACCAGUCCCUGGAAAUAUUUUAUGGAAUUUAUAUUGUAAUACAGUCCAGGUGUAACAAUCAAUUACAUGCCACUGAAAUGAAUAUAGGUUAAUUUCACAUUAUGAAAGAAUCGUGUAGCUGCAACAUCUGUUUCUGUUGAUGUGUGUCAAGGUCCUCCUGUGCAAACAUAUUCCACUGUUACUCUCACAUAAUGUAAAUCAAAACUUUUCUGACUAAUGUGGAAGACCCAAUCAGUUCAAGUUAAGUUUUAAAGUUGGAAGAUUAAAAAAAACUGUUUUGGGUGCAUCACAUUUCUGAAUUUUGAUGCAGUGUUUUUUCUUUGUCAUUUUUUUAAUAAUAUUGUGACUGCAUGAAUAUGUGGACAUGUUUCCUCUUUCGGCUUGGGUUUUAUUUCCUUUGGAGGUUGGAGUCGCUUUUUUUUGUUGAAGUGUUUUGUUAUUCUUGUUUGGUAAUUUGGUCCUUUGUCUUUUUUAAUUCAGCAUCAUGUGUAGGCUAAUGUAACUGCUAGUAAAGCCUAAAAGCAUUGGAAAUAUGUUAAUUAGCCUGUUAUGCACACGUAGACGCUGUUGUUUGGUACUAUGUUUUACACUGCAAUAUACAGUAUGUGCUUAUUUUCUGUGGAACACCCACAGAGUUUAUUAUGUUAUGGUAAAUUUAGACUAGCUUUGUAUAUUUCUGUAUGGUAGAAACAAUGUUUUUCGUGCUUUAUGUGAUAUGAUGUCAAAGUAAGAAAAUGCACUGAAAAAACUGUGCUGCAAUAUGUCAUUGUGACUCUGAAUUAUCUGCUGGACCUCAGACUUUACCGUGAGCCUGACAUCUUUGUAGGUCCAUUUUCUGUUUUGGUAUUUCUUUGAACCUUUUUGUGCUUUUGUAAAUAGCUCUGACUGACGUGUCACCUUUAUAUGCACCAACGUUAAGGUUUCCAUUGGUAUUAUACCAGUGUUUACAGAGACAAGAGUUUACAACGAAGCAAUGUUUGGUUUUUUUCUCCAUACAAAUGUUUUGUUAAAUACUGGAAUAACCAACUACAUACAAACCACUUACAGUGUAGAACAGCAACAUGAUUCUUGUUAGUGAGAUUUAAAGUGAAUUAGUAAUGUGGUUUGGAUACUAUGACCAUAAUAAUAUAUUCUAUAUCAUGAGGUUUUAAAGUUACAUGGAUUCCUUAUAUUUCCUUUGGACGUCAUUCAUAAGCAUUUUGAGGCCCUGAAGCACUUUUUAUUAUAUUUACAGACUUUCAUUUAGCAGAAAUUAUUCUUCUUAUACUUGCUAUGAGCAGUUACAUGCCAUCAGAAGUUCCUUUUACCAAGAUGGGUAAUAUUUAGAUUUUAUUCAAUUUAGUUUUAUAAUAAAUCUGUCAUCAGCACUGUAUAUUCUUUAUGUUUUAAGUCAACAGUUAUACCAAAAAGCCAAAGUCCACAGCCAUAAAUGAGAGAAUACUUAGACAUUUUACCCUUCUAACUGUUGAAACACUCCUUUUGUUUUUCAAAAUAUAAUAUGGUGGUAGAAAUUAUUUCAUAUACAAACCAUACAUGUUACAACGCAUUGUUUACAUUGAACAUUGUUUCAGAUAAUUGCAUCACUUGAGCUGUGACUGACAUAUCUUAUCCACUACCUGGGGAAUCUUUUUCUGCAUGAUGCUGAAUUUCAAAAUAUCUCUGAAAAUACCCUGACUUAUUGUAUUUUGCUUUAAAUUAAGUAUUUUGUUUUUUGCUUUGUUUUAUAAAUCUGCCGUCGAACACUAUUUUGUAGUGAUUAUUACUAUAUACAUAUUGUCUGAGAAAAAAACAUAGACAUACAGUAAGAAAUAACAUAAGAAAUAGCAGAUUCAAAUACUGUACAGUCAAAUUUAAACCUUUAUAUAUACAGUCUAUGGGUAAAACAUAAAGUGAAUCAGGAAGAUAAACGGUCAUAGUCGUAUACAGUCUCGGUGGGUUACCCCCAUCUUUAAAUCCUUUGUGUGCAUUUUGAGGACAGCCCGCUGCUGGUCAAGCCUCAUACAAUGGCAGCUAAAUUGUUAUACUAUGUAUUUGGUUUCUGAGUACAGUGAUACUAUUCCAAACACUGCACAUGCAUUUUACUGUCGUGGAGGAGUGCACUAUGCUCCAAUAGUACACUCUCAGCAACAGGAAACAAUAUGCUCAUAGAAUAUGCAAAAUCUAGCAUUCUGCAGCACAGCUUGGCAAGUUGGUACUUUUUUUGAAAUAACCCUUUAAAGAUAACUGGUUCAAACCUUGUUCUUCAAAUUGUGUGUUUUCUAUUCUAACUGUCAAAUCGGACCAAAAGAAUCCAAGUUGGCUGUAAAUGUGUGCUAUAUUAAAGAUGAAAUAAGCUUCUGUUUGAACUGUACCUGAUGUAUUUUUCUUGUGUGAAGGCUUCUGUCUUUGUAUCUUUGCAUUAUUAUUUGUAAAUGAAAAUAAAAUAUAUCUGACUAAGCAAA